AUGGGGGACAAUUUGACUGAAGAGGAAAUUCUGAGGCUGCUGGAAGAAUCUGGAUCUGAAAUUGACGAUGAUGGAUUUCAAACUGAAAAUAGUUCUUCUGAAAUAGAUGGUAAUUAUAAUGGGUCGCUUUGGGCCAAUUGGUCUGCUGUGAAGCUACAUGAGAUGUAUCAGUUUUUUGGUAUAAUUAUUCACAUGUGCCUUGUACACAAACCAAAUAUUACGGACUAUUGGAGCAAUGACCUAAUGCUAGAUUCCUCCUUACCUGCAAAAAUCAUGAAAAGAGACAGACUUAGGUCAAUUUACUUUAUGCUUCACGUAAAUAACAACGACAAUUAUGUACGAAGGGGUCAACCAAACCAUGAUCCUAUACACAAAAUCCGACCUUUUUUUGAUAACUUUGUACUGAAAAGCAAGAACAGUUUUUCUCCUGGCGAGAAUCUCACAGUUGAUGAAGGUUUAUGUCCAUUCAGAGGGAGAAUUCGAUUUCGAGUAUAUAUCAAGAACAAACCGAGCAGGUAUGGUAUAAAAUUUUUCAUUCUAAGUGAUUCAGCAACAGGAUAUGUUUUGAACUGUGAAGUGUACACCGGUGCAGGUGAAAAAGACAACAGUGCAGAUUCAGUGGUGCUACGUUUGUGCAACAGUUAUCUAAGUAAGGGUCAUACAUUGUACAUGGACCGCUUUUAUACUUCUGUAAAAUUAUUUGAAAAGUUGUUUGAUGAGGGCACAUCUGCUGUUGGCACAGUAAUGAGAAACAGAAGAGGCAUACCACAGGAAUUCAAACAGAAUAAACUAAGAAGAGGUGAAAUCGUAUUCAAGAGAAAAAAUUCCGUGCUAGCACUUCACUGGAAAGAUACUAGGGAUGUGUUUGCCCUUUCUACCAAACAUAGAAUGACAAGUAGUGUUACUAAGACAAAAUCCAAGGCUGGAAUGGUAGAAAAACUGAAGCCUGAUCUCAUACUUGAUUAUAAUAAAAAUAAAACUGGUGUUGAUCAUGGAGAUCAGCUGGUGACCUACUAUUAUUUUCAACGACGAACAAUGAAAUGGUGGAAAAAGGAAGAACAACCAUCCACAGCACCAAGACUUCAGCAUCCUCCAGCACCAGCAUCACAAUCUCCACAGCAGAGGCAGCAACUGGCUGAUGAAGACCGACAACAAGACCAUACAAGCCUGACUGGCCACCAAGUGCAUUUCCCUGCCCUAUUCCAGGAAAAAGCUCCAUUUCCACAACGGCAGCUGAUGUAG